AUGAAACUUACAACAAGUGCUACUACAAUUGCGGCUUUACUAGCCUUUAUUUCUGUCAUUGGAGCUCAAGAAGAUGCCGUUCGUGUCGACGAUAAUUCACUGGCUGGUUCCUUGACAGCCGAUUCAGGAACAAACACGACUGUCUCAGCAACCAAUGAUAACAGCAAGAACAACAAUAACACCACUACCACCACUGCCAGCAGUAGCUCAGACUCCACAUCCACCACGCCCACUCCCGUUUCUUCAAAUACGUCGAAUAGUACGUCUACCACUGCUACUUCCUCUACUCCGGGACAACUCACAGAAUCCUAUCCCGCUGAUGGAUCUGCACCCGUACCAAAACCGGAAUGGUUAGAAUUGAUCAAAAAUGCAAAUAUCACCAAUGCGCCCGUUCUAAAGUCGAAUGGUGAUGAUGGACCCAAUGUCAAUGGUGCAGACAAGUACUGUGAUUGGGCCAUGUCUGGCUGUAUGGGUUCCAGUAUCGGCAGCUGUCCCAAGGGCAUCUGGGGCCUCACGUUUGAUGAUGGACCCUCCGACGUAUCGCCCAAACUCUAUGAUUUCUUAAAGUCUACAAACCAAAAGGCCACUUUGUUUAUGAUUGGUUCCAACGUGAUCAAAUAUCCUGCUAUUGUCAAACGUGCCUUUGAUGAAGGCCAUGAAUUGGCUAUCCACACAUGGACUCAUUCCUAUCUGACCACGUUAUCGAACGAGCAGAUUGUUGCUGAAUUGAAAUGGACUGAAUUAGCCAUCAAGCAAAUUACAGGUGUUUCGCCUCGAUUGUUUAGACCUCCUUAUGGUGAUAUUGAUAAUCGCGUGAGAGAUAUCGGUACUGCUCUUGGCUUUACUUCUGUCAUCUGGGAUCAUGAUACAAAUGAUUGGAUGCUUGCGGAGAAUGCUGCUGGUUUCAAGGCCGAAUGGAUCGAUGGUAAUUUCACUCAAUGGGUUGCCGACGCUUCGACUUCCUCCAGUGGCGGGUUAUCGUUGGAGCACGAUAUUAAGCUGGCGACAGUAGAUGCUGCCAUCAAGAACCUGCCUGCUCUACAAAAGGCCUACAAAGUGGUGACGGUCGGAGAAUGUGCUGGUGUACCUUCUUACAAGGAAGCGAAUGUUCCUCUGCCCAAAGCCAAUGCAACCACUACUUCUUCUGCUCUUCCCAAGAGUACCAUGGCGGCUUCCACUGCGUCUGUUGUUCCUGCUACGACGCCUGACGCUGCACAAUCUCAGACAGUAAAGAAUAUCAAUGGUGCUGCUGGUACUACGAUCAACACAGCAUUGACAUCUGCAGUGAUGGGUGCGCUUCUAUUCGUGUUGAGUAAUAUGUUGUAA